UGUGUGUGUGUGUGGGAGGCCUGAGAAUGUGCAAGUUGGCAUUUUAUACGUAAUUUAUAACGGUAAGAUGUGGACCUUAUUUGUAGUAUAUUGAGAUAUUUAUUGAGUUUAUUUUUGUUUACAAAACCAGAAGACCGUAAUAUAAGAUGCAUGGGUGAUUAAAUUAAUGGGAAAGCCAAGAAGUGUGUUAAUUAGCUGUUGGACCACCACUAGCUGCCAGAACAGCUUCAGUGUGCCUGGCAUACAUUCUACCAGUCUCUGGUGCUGUACUGGAGGUAUACUCCACAGAUGAAUAACUAAAGGUGAUUGGCUUUUGGGAAUCAAGGGGCCUGGCUUGAAUUCUUUUUUUUUUUUUUUGCUCCACUGCGUGCUGGUGUUUAUAUAAACUCGACCAAAUACCACAUCAUGGCAUUUAUACCUGUGGUUGACUUUGGUGUCUACAAACUUGGUAUCAGUGACACCACUGAUGAGAACCUGCACGAGUUAUGCAAAGAAAUUCGAAAGGCCUUCACCGAUGUGGGGUUUGUGUAUCUCGAAAAUACUGGCAUAGAUAAGAAAGAGGUGGAUCAUGUCAUGGACAUUUCUAAGAAGUUUUUCCUGCUUCCUGAAGAACAGAAAAGACCCUUCGGUAGGGGCAGUUUCACAAAUAGUGGCAAUCAUGGUUGGGUGUCCUCAGAGACAGAACGUUUGAAUCCUGGACGUCCAGGUGACUUGAAAGAGGCUUUUAAUACUACGUCAUUAUGCACAGAUAUUAAAUGGCCCUCCGAUGAUCUUGAAGGCUUUCGUGACAUCCAAGUCGGCUUCUUCCUGCGCUGUAAGGAGCUCUCUCUCCGUGUACUCAGGGUCAUGGCUCUCAGUCUAGGCUUGGAUUCAGAGGUUUUUCUCAAAGCACACAGCCACAUUGGAAGUGAUGAGAAUGGCAGCACUCUGCGCUCUCUCUAUUACCCUCCGGUGAACGCUGGGAGUGUGAAGGAAGGUCAGCUCCGCUGUGGAGAGCACUCAGACUACGGCAGCAUCACUCUAGUCUUCCAGAGCCAUGAGGCAGGCCUGCAGGUAUUAAGUCGCAAAGGGGAGUUUAUCUCAGCCCCAAGCAUUCCUGGAACAGUUCUGAUCAACAUUGCAGAUCUAAUGCAGAGGUGGACCAGUGACGUGUUUGUAUCUGCUGUCCAUAGAGUUCUACUACCACCUGUGGGCGACUCAAGCACAAGGCAGUCUUUGGUGUUCUUCGUGCAGCCGGAUGAUGAUGCCAUCAUUACGUGUUGUGAUGGCUCAGACAAAUAUCCUCCAGUGAAAUCAGUGGAUUAUCUCCUGGCAAGAUUCGACGACUCUUAUGGCAGAAAAUAGAUCUGUGCUGCUCAUUGUGAGCAGAUGCUCAGCUGCAUUUAGAAAUGAACUGUGCAUAUGGGUUCUUUCAUGCUGAAAAAAGUAAAGAAUACAUUUUAUUUUUCAUAAGCAUGAAUGUUUUUGCAAUCCUGUAUGGAAAUUUACUCACCAGAGGGCACUAUAACUCAACUAUCAGGAUGUUUGUAUAGAAAUUUAUAUGAUCAUCUAUUGCUUCACUGUUGUGGUAAUAACAUCUGCUGUUUAUCUAAUAUUCAUUGCUAUGCUGUUAUUUGUCUUGUUUAGUGUCCAUGUACUGGACACUGUUAAAUUGUCUAUUUUCCAGUUUUACUAAUAAAUUUAAAUUAGACACUUUUAUAUCACCAUAUAUUAGACUUGUAUAGAUUUGGCUAGUCUUACUUAAAAAAUUUUGAUUUUCUUUUAGCAAAAUAAUUAGGGGUCAGGGAAUUGUAAUUAUUUUUUAUGGGGCCAACCUGCAUUUUAGCCUACAUUUAAAAAAAAAAUCAUUAACCAGGCUCUCUUUUUAAAUAUACUUGAGAGUUGUAUUCGAACAUUGUAAUACUAUUUUAAUCGUGUCUGUUGACUUUCUGUCUGGGAAAAUAGAUUACAAUAUAUUAUUACAUCAAAUAAAGUUUGUUACAUGGGAGAAUUAAA